AGUGUUCAGACAGAGGAGAUUCCACACAGCUGGGAAGGAAGUAUCGAAAACCCAGCAACAUGAAGCUCUCCAUGGCAGUCGCCGUUAUCUUGGCCUCCGUGCUUUGCACAAGGGAGACGGGCGCACAGGGGUAUUAUGGUAUUCCAGGCAGUGUCGGUUUUGGUGGUCCUCCUGGCCCAGGUGGUCCCGCAUUUGGUGGUCCUGCAUUUGGUGGUCCUGGCUCUGGUGGUCAAGGGGGUCCUGGCUUUCCUAAUGAAUUUCCUUCUCCACCGUACCCUGGACAAGGGUCACCUGGCUUCCCUAUCUACUCCAACCCAGGUGGAUCUGACAACAGCAACUUUGUGUAUGGUUUAUUCAAGAGAAUUACCAAACCAUUGAGCUUCUUUGGCAUGCAACCACUUAGCAUCCCUGGCAUGUCUUUUUGGGACCGGUUUUUCAAACAAAACCAACAGGUUGAUCCUGGCUUUGGUGGUGUUUUCAACCCGGGCCCAGCUCCUCAAGGAUACCCAGUAUAUCAACCCCAAGGGUUUCCUCAAGCAUAUCCAGAAUUUCUACCCCAAGUGUUUCCUCAAGAAUAUCCAGGAUUUCCACUCCAAAUGCCUGCUCCAGGAUCUCCACCCCAAGGACCUCCUCCAGGAUCUCCACUCGAAUGGCCUGCUCCAGGAUCUCCACCCCAAGGGCCUCCUCCAGGAUCUCCACUCGAAUGGCCUGCUCCAGGAUCUCCACCCCAAGGGCCUCCUCCAGAGUCUCCAUCCCAAGGGCCUGCUCCAGUAUCUUCAGGAUCUCCAGCCCAAGGGCCUACUGAAUCACCUCAAGCAACCCAGCAGGCAGAAUAAACCUGACCAUCUCUCCUGGGAAAAUGCUCAGAUUUACAGACUGGAUCUGCUGGGAAGAAACCUCAGUGCCUGUUGCUACGCUCUCCACUCACAAACUGCACAACCUUCUUACCAAUCAAGUUCCAAAUGUGAAAUGCAACUUCCUUCUGAUGGGGGCUUCUGGUGACAGCAGUUUUUGUUGUGGUUGUUGUUGAUUUCUGGUGCCCUUCUUACAACCAAGGGCAGGGGAACAAUCCUGCUUGCUGCUUGCUUUGCAAAAUAAAAAAU